CAACCCAUUGCCAUGAACGAGCCGUGGCCAAUAGGAAAGGAAGAAGAAGAUCCAAGAGGACUGAGCAAACGCCAGACCCAGACACAGGACUCAACGGUAUAUUCCUGGACAGCAAGGUACAAUAAUGGCGACCACAAUGUGUUUCAUCCUGUGGGUGUUAUUCAUAACAGAUAGUGUAUGGACUCAAAGUGUGAGACAGGUCUCUGAGAUACACGAUCCAGAGGAUUUCAACGAAGAUGACUUUGAUUGUCCUAGGGAAUGUUUCUGUCCCCCGAGUUUCCCUACUGCUUUAUAUUGUGAAAAUCGAGGUCUCAAAGAAAUCCCUGCUAUUCCUUCAAGGAUCUGGUAUCUUUAUCUUGAAAAUAAUCUCAUAGAGACCAUUCCUGAGAAGCCAUUCGAGAAUGCUACCCAACUCAGAUGGAUAAAUCUAAACAAGAAUAAAAUCACCAACUAUGGAAUUGAGAAAGGAGCCCUGAGCCAACUGAAAAAGCUGCUUUUCUUAUUUCUGGAAGAUAAUGAGCUAGAGGAGGUACCUUCUCCUUUGCCAAGAAGUUUAGAACAAUUGCAGUUAGCUAGAAACAAGGUGUCCCGAAUUCCUCAAGGAACUUUCAGCAACCUGGAGAACCUGACCCUUCUUGACCUGCAGCACAAUAAACUAUUGGACAAUGCCUUUCAAAGAGACACCUUUAAGGGUCUCAAGAACCUCAUGCAGCUAAAUAUGGCCAAGAAUGCCCUGAGGAAUAUGCCACCACGAUUGCCAGCAAAUACAAUGCAACUGUUUCUAGACAACAAUUCUAUUGAAGAAAUACCAGAAAAUUAUUUCAAUGUGAUUCCCAAAGUGGCCUUCCUGAGACUAAACCACAACAAAUUGUCAGAUGCAGGUCUCCCUUCAAGAGGUUUUGAUGUAUCAUCAAUUCUAGACCUUCAGCUGUCUCAUAAUCAACUCACAAAGGUUCCCCGAAUCAGUACUCGCCUGCAACACCUCCACCUCGAUCAUAACAAAAUUAAAAAUGUGAAUGUCUCUGUUAUAUGCCCUACUCCUGUUACACUGCCUGCAGAACAAGACUUCUUCCAGUACGGACCUCACCUUAGCUAUCUCCGACUGGAUGGAAAUGAAAUCAAGCCACCAAUCCCAAUGGAUUUAAUGACCUGUUUUAGGUUCCUCCAAGCUGUCAUUAUUUAAAAAACAUCUUCAACAAUCUCAAAUGGGUUUAUCAAACAAAUAUCUCUAACAUGAAAUUUGAAUAUCAUUCAUAGAUUUAAGAUAAAACUCACAUUUCCAGUUGUUCCUGGCUAUCAUUUUCACUUGUGCAGCUUAUUUUUCCCAUCCAAAGAUACUUUGCUAAUGAUAUGUAGCAAAGUCUGCUUUUCUUUAAUAAACCAGACACAGAGUUAAGAUUGUUUAUCAACUCAAAGAUAAUUUUUUUUCUCUUUCACAGUUUAAUAAUACCAAAUCAUACAGUUGCAUUGUUGUAUAACAGAAAGAAUGUAUUUGUUCAUCUUCAGAAUUGCUUAUGCAGAUGCUACAUUUAUUGGAUAACUACUAAUAUAGCAUGAGCUAGAAAAAUAUGGAGAAAAUGGGAAUUAAAGGUGGAUUGUUUAAUGGUAUUUGAGGUGCAAAUUUGGUGUUUUGCUUAAGAGUGAGCAUGACCUAUAUGUAAUACUUCAUAAUAAGAGCUUUCUAGUCAUUUAAUACCACAUCACAAUGUUAUAGCCAUUUAUAGUUCACUACUAAUUUUAUAGUUGUUUUUAAACCUAGAACAAUAUUCUCUAUCAAUUAAGCAAGCCCUAAUUUUUACAUUUAUUGUUAUACAUCAUUUAUUAUAAUACAUUUCUGACACAAAGCACUAAGGUUAAUGCUUUAAGCCCUAAAUCCACUAAAAUUGCAAAUUGUUCAGUUUUUCUAUUUACCAGCAUUUGGAGGACAUUUUUUCAAUAAAAGGAGUGAAUGAU